AUGGCGGCGUUGAUAAUGGGUGAUGGACAUGCUUGCGAUGGGAAACUGAUUUCGAGUGAAAAUGGUGGUUUUGAUAAAUUGAGUGAUGAUGUACUGAUUAGGAUUCUGUCUCGAAUGAAUGUUAAGGAAGCUGCGAGGACGAGUGUCCUCGCGCAUAGAUGGAGAUAUUUGUGGAGGUUUGUCAAUGGCACUCUGAAAUUUGAUCGUUGGAAUACUGCCACUGCAAAUGUAAGGAAAAGGGAAAAUUUCUUGGCAUGGGCGAAUGCUGUAGUGAAGCAUCAUCAAUUUCAAUGUAUUGAGGGCAUGGUUAUUAAAUCUUAUAUGGGGGCAGAAGAUUUUGAAGAUAACGAUUCGAGCAUAGCUUGUGCAGUUGACGAUUUGGUGUACUUUGCUAUGAAUAAGCAAGUUCAGAGGCUCAAGUUGAGACUUUUGUUUAGACAUAUGUAUUCCUUCCCAGUUCUUAAGAUGUUAUUAGCAUCAUAUUCACUAGGCUUCGGUUCUCCUUUUUACCGCCUGAGAGACCUUAGAUUGGUGCAUGUUAAUGUCGAAGAUGAGGAAUACAAUAUACCAAUCGUUGCUUUGCCUGAUUUGCCCCAAUUAUGCUCCCUCAAACGGCUGGAAGUGCAAGUUCACACCGAAGGCUGUCAUAGCCUUCUCUUCUUCACAUCGUUGAUCAAUGCAUCUCCACAGUUACGCGAGUUUAGGAUUGAGGUGCGUUACUCAGACCUCUCGUCAUAUUUGGGGGAUGUAGAGUUGUCGUUUCCUGUUAUAGGUACUGCAAAUGCCGUGAAAUUCGUACAUAGUAAUCUCAAGGUGGUUGAAAUUAAGGGGUAUGUUGGGUGCUCGUCCGAAGAAGAGAUGCUGUUGGAAUUGAUCAAGAUUGGUCCAUUGAUUGAAAGGGUUGCCAUUGAUACUGAGACUGAUUACUACUACUUUCUACAGCCACAGAGAUCGGGGAUGCAUUUGACGGAGAUUGUGGCAACCACACGAAACGAAGCUAAAGAGCGUGCCCGACAUUUUGUAUCCAGCUUUCUUAAGCAAAUUGAAGUCAUUGUGACAUGA